CGAAACUCCGAGAUAAACGUCUCACUUUCCUCGCCGCUCUGCUUAUACCACUCGUAGUUGUCCCUGUAGCUCAGCUUGUGGAGACUAAGAGGAUACCGGAGGUCCAAAACCAUAUACACAAACCAUUGGAAACUCGCAUACUCCUGGAAGGAAAGGCGGCGUAGAUCAAGGACAGGGACAUGUUUCCACAAGCGGUUCCAUGCCCGAGACAAAACCGAGGUCUGAACCACGGAUUUGGUGUCGAGGAAUGAAAGGAUGUGAUGAAGAAUCGGUUCUGGAAGAUGGCUUAACCUGUCAGCACUGCUGUUCUACCCUAAAAAUGGAAAAGGGAUCACGGGUUCAGAUACAAAAAUUGAGAAAGAAUAGAAAGAAGAAACAGGAAUCCACCUGUUUUCGAUCACUGUUGACGGAAGCUUGCCGCCGUAUUCCGCGCCAACAGAGUUGCAAACCAAUCGGCUCUCUGCUGCGAUCCAAUAGAGGAGAAACUUGGAUGUUAAGUAGAAGGCUAUGGGCAUUUGAUCAGAUUAAGGAACGCUGCAUUCCACACAACGCAGGAUUUAGGGUUUCAUUUUUAUGCGCCGGGGCUGAAGUUUGGACGACGAUCAUGGAGAUGGGGCUGGAGAAUGGAACACUAGAGGUCUAGACUCUAGAGGAGAGACGCUUUCAGAAAAUGAAAGUGAUUGGAAAAGCGAGGAAAAUGUGGUUAUUUUCCUUGUUUAUUUCCUUUUGGGCUGUGAGUAAUUGGAUCAUGGUAAACAGGCCCAGUUGUCCAAACUAUAAAACUUGAAACCCAAAACCUACAAGCCCAACUCAUUUUCCUAACCUCUACUUGAACCUCCCAUGACCAUUCCAUUUUGCCUAAGAGG